AAAUCACCAAUAGUAGCAUAUUUAUUUUCCGGUUAUAUAGAUGAAUAUGCAUUUCCAGAAAUUCCAAUUGUGGAUUUCCCUAUUGUUUUGGAUAACACGUAUGAAUAAAUACUAAUAAUUUAACCCUACGUAAAAAUACAAGCAACUGCAGUCAUUUGCAAGGCUAUUUGAAUUCAAAUUAAAUUAAUAACUUUAACGCACGCUUCAGCUCCGACGAAAGCGUCGUUCAUCCAGGCUGGGAGCUAAACAGGACUGUGGGGUGUAGGAAUAUUUUCGGAGCGCUACUCGAAAGCCUACCCUGAAGACACGUUGCCAAGACACCUAACGUUAGGUAGCUAAUUGGCCAUUUGCCUUUCUGGAAUUUGUGGAAUCUUUGGACCUGACGAUGAUUUCAUCAACCCCAACCUAUAGGCUACCGCAGACUGGCAAACUGUUGUGCUUGGUAUUUCUCCGGACCGUGUGUUAAGGUUUUAACUCAAAAUGUCACAGUCGGACAAACCAAAGAGCCCUUUCACCAACCCAGAGACUCCUGGAUAUGUCGGCUUUGCCAACCUCCCAAACCAGGUCCAUCGCAAGUCUGUCAAAAAAGGCUUUGAGUUCACCCUCAUGGUGGUGGGAGAGUCUGGCAUGGGGAAGUCCACCCUUAUAAACAGCCUGUUCCUCACGGACCUGUACCCAGAGCGUAUUCUCCCAGGAGCUGCAGAGAAGAUAGAGCGUACUGUUCAGAUUGAGGCCUCCACCGUGGAGAUAGAGGAACGAGGGGUGAAGCUCCGCCUCACCGUGGUGGACACGCCCGGAUAUGGAGAUGCCAUCAACAGCCAAGACUGCUUCAGUACCAUCAUCUCCUACAUCGACGAGCAGUUUGAGCGCUACCUGCACGACGAGAGCGGCCUGAACCGCAGGCACAUCGUGGACAACAGAGUGCACUGCUGCUUCUACUUCAUCUCCCCGCUGGGGCACGGUCUGAAGCCACUGGACGUUCAGUUCAUGAAGGCCAUUCACAACAAAGUCAAUGUGGUGCCUGUCAUCGCCAAGGCUGACACUCUUACUCUGAAGGAGUGCGAGAGAUUCAAGCGCAGGGUCCUGGACGAGAUCGAGGAGCACAACAUCAAGAUCUACCACCUUCCCGACGCCGAGUCCGACGAGGACGAGGACUUCAAGGAGCAGACGCGUGUUUUGAAGGCCAGUGUGCCCUUUGCGGUGGUGGGCUCCAACCAGCAGAUCGACGGCAAGGGGAAGAAGGUCCGCGGCCGCCUGUACCCCUGGGGGGUGGUGGAGGUGGAGAACCCCGAGCAUAAUGACUUUCUCAAGCUGCGCACCAUGCUCAUAACGCACAUGCAGGAUCUGCAGGAGGUGACCCAGGACCUGCACUACGAGAACUUCCGCUCCGAGCGCCUCAAACGUGGCGGGAGGCUGUCUUCCCACGGUUACGUUCUGCCUCCGUCGCCUGCAAAGGGAGCCAAAAUGGUUGGAAUGGACAAGGACAAGAUCCUCUUGGAGAAAGAGGCUGAGCUGCGACGCAUGCAAGAGAUGAUCGCCAAGAUGCAGGCCCAAAUGCAAAAGCAGGGAGAAGGUGAGGGAGGUGGCGGUCUGCACGUGUGAAGGAGGGCAUGGUACUGAUCAACUCGUCAAGCCCAGUUAGAAGAGACUGGUCCUUCUGUAUCUGUCACCACUCCUGUUCCUCAUUUGUCUCUUAUGUGUUUUUAUAUAGCAUAUCUGUUAUGUCAAAGUCUGUUAUGGUGCUAUGUUGUACUGCACCAGUUAACAAUCUGUAGCACAUUUGUAUCAUAUGAAGGAAUACAAUUAUUGCAAAAAAUGAUUUUGCCAUUUUGAGAAGCCUCUGCCCUUUAGUACCAGCUGAUGGUUUUUCUGGUGUCCGGUUAUGCAAGUUGCACAUGUGCAUUUUCAUUGGGUCGCCAAACCUGACGAUGCUGUGAAAGGCACAAAGCUCUUGUGGUGUCCGUCAGACACCAGCAGAUCUACAAAAUAGCUUUCAGACAUGUCCAACUUGAAGUUUACUAUCUGGUAGUUUGAUGUCAAAGCAAAAGUGAGUUUGUGUCACAGAUUUCAUUCCAGAAGUCAGCGUAAUAAUGAUAUAGAAUAAGCUCCUUGUGAAGAACUACUUAGUAUGGCUCACAUAUGAAGCCAUACUGUAUCCCAGGAUUUGUUGUAUUACACAUUUCAUAUUUCCAGAGCUGUGAAUGCAGAGUUUUUUAAAUCCAAGUGUACUGACACUAAAAUGGCAUAAAUUGCCAAACUCAAGCUUGUCUGCAGAACAUCUUUGAUGGUCUUCCUUCUGUUUUACAUCGUGCUGUAGUAAGUGAUAUGCAUUCCUAAGACAGAAUUUCAUUCUAAUUUGUUUUCCAUUUUUGUAACUGUGAGACUACAGUAUGUUCAAAAGUUCCUAGUUUUGUUACACUUUGCAGACUCUUAAUGACACCCUAUGACACAUUGCUAUUUCUUUUCUCUUGGUGCACAAUGGUUUGUAUUGAAAUUGCUGUUUUAAUGGACCUGUGACAUUUGUUCUUUACCUUUCAUAACUUAUUGGCCACUGUGCUGGCAUGUUGUUACUGCAUGUGGUACAUGGUGCACCAUGACUUCAACAUUGAGCUGUGCAGUUGCUAUUGUUUACAAUGAAUCGAUGGAGUAUGUGAACUAAAAUCCUUUGGUUUUGAAAAAAAUGUGAAAUGUGCUGCUUGACUGAAUACAUAUCAAAAUGUUCGUAAAAUGUAUUGGUUAUGAUGCAAUUUAAAUACUUUCUCAGACCACCCCUCUUCCCCCUCUGUAAGGCAGUACUCCUCCUAUUUUCAGGCUGAAAAUUCCUACGCCUCCUUGUUUAAUGCAAAACCCUUUGUUUUGAUAUUGUCUUGUAAUAAAAUUUCUAUUAAAUCUA